AUGCGCCGAGAAAUCCACGAAACCGUCCCCGGAGACGAGAUCUACGGCCCCGGAACCUUCAUCGACAAGAACCCCCUACCUGUCCCUGAAGACGCUCGCCGGGUAUUCGAACUCCUCGCCUUGCGAACCCCCGGCUUUACCAAGGACAAGGCAGCAUGGGACACUGUUCAGUUUGAAGGUCGUCCGGAUCCUAUGAUCCCAGGACCGAUCAAAGCACCCGUUGUGGCGGCUGCCCUGCACGGUAUGGCCGGUCUGGUGGCGAAUGAAAUCCUCGAGCUUCGCAAUGGGAAACAUGUUACGGAAAAUAAUGUGAAAGUCGAUACGGAUCAUGCGGGGAUCUGGCUCGGGUCUGUGUUCACAACGUACAUUAACGGGUCCGACCUCAUGGCCCUGGGGGGAUCGAAGAAGAUGGACAGUUUAUUUGAGCGGGACUUCAAUCAUGGUUUUAGCAAGGGUAUUUCGAGCCGGGCGACGGCGAUCUACCAGACCAAAGAUCCCCGCGUCUGGUACCAGUUACACGGGUCAUUGGAUGCAAAUACGGCCCUUCGAACGAUGGGUAUCAACCCUGACGUCACCUUCGACUCACCCCAGGGGUACUACGACUACAUCCAAGACCAUAUUCGCCAAUGGAGCCCUGAUGAGCUCGAGAUGCAUAAUGUACGACACGGCCUGUGCGGAAGCAUCUGCUACUCGCCGGAAGGAUGGAGGAAAACCGAGUUUGGGAAGAGGCUGGCAGAGCAUCCGUUGGUGAAUGUUUCUCAGGAGACAUAUGCAAACCCUACGCCGCCUGUGCCGUUGCCGUUGCCCAGUGGUGAUCGGAGACCGCUAGCGGGUGUUAAGGUGCUAGAGAUGGUGCGCAUCAUCGCGGGUCCGCAGUGUGGGUGCAUGCUUGCGUCUUACGGAGCGGAUGUGAUCAGAGUGAACAGUAGCAGACUUGCAGAUCUCAACGUACUUCAACUCACCCUCAACGCCGGAAAACGCACCAUAGAUCUCGAUAUCACCAACCCCUCCGACCUAACCCGUCUUCUUGACCUCGUCUCCGAAGCCGACAUCUUCCUCCAAGGCUUCCGCCCCGGCACCCUCGACCGCAAAGGCCUAGGCCUCAAAAACAUGCUCGAAAUCGCCGCAAAACGCAACGAGGGCAUAAUUUACAUCGACGAGAACUGCUACGGUUCCAAUGGCCCCUUCCAUGAACGUCCUGGAUGGCAGCAAAUUGGUGAUGCUGCGUCGGGUACUUCGUAUGUUAUGGGGAGAUCGCAGGGGUAUGAGGAGGGGAAGAGUGUGUUGCCGCCGCUGCCGAUUUCUGAUAUGGUUACUGGACUGGUAGGUGCGUUGGCGGGGAUGAUUGCAUUGAGGGAGCGUGCGGUUAAGGGCGGGUCGUAUAGUGUUACCAGCUCGUUGGUUGCUGCUGAUGCGAUUGCGUUGGAGAAGGAAGUUGGAUUGUAUCCUCCUGAGGUUGUGCAAGAGACUACUGAGCGAUGCGGGUUUAAGGAGAUCACGCCGGAUCAGUAUGUCUCAGAGGUUUUGGUUAAUGUGGUUCUGGGAUGGAAGAAGGGACUUCCGGGGUAUUUGGAUGAGUAUUCAUCGUUGAUGACGACAUUUGAGGAGGGUCCUUGGGGAAAGCAGACAUUGCUCAAACCUGUUGUGAGACUUGGGGAUGAGGAGGCCACGCCGAAGUGGACGAGUCCUCCUGUGCCGCAUUGCUAUCAUGAUCGAGGUAUCAGUUGGUUAUAA